AUGCUGUUUGCGGAUAGGUAUAUAGACAAUGGUGUUACAGAGGAAACAGCAGCGAGAACGUCAGUACAGGAGCAUCGAGAGAAUCAGAAGAAGCUAGAGGCUGAUGCGUUGCCGUUUAUGCUGCUCAGUCUCCUCGCUGGCUGGUUAACAAAACAAACACGCUUUUCUUGCUUGCUUGCCAUUCCGCAUUCUGCCUUUUCAAUCCUCUCACACGCAUACACAAUCUACCGCCAGCUUCCAAUGGGACUUGUAUUAUCGGGUCAGGGUGAGAAGGGCUCACCGCUACUGACAUUCGCGCGGCGGUACAGCCAAUACCUGAGCUACCCGCUGCUGCUCGUCGGGCUUCUCUGGCUUCUGGCGCUGCCGCUGGAGAAUAUGGCGCGUCGAGCGUACUUUUCAGAGAACGCCAUGAUGCCAGCACAAGCCGACACCGGGUUCGGCUCCCAAAGCGACACGCAGGCGAUGAGCCAGAUUGACAGGCGCGAUGCUGGCACACAUGCAUAUCGACGACACUCGGUGUUUGACGAUCUGGGUCUUGAUACACAGAUCCACCGAUUCGAAUACGACGAGGUCCAGGGCGUCGGAAACCACCGUGGCAUCAACGUGCACGGGAUCCUGAGGGCACCGCGGAGCGACGGCGUUGAAGCACUGCUGCUUGCGGCGUCCUGGCGCACAUCUGACAACCAGACGAACCUGAACGCGGUGCGGCUGAUGGCAGGGUAUGGCAAAGUAUGCACAGGAGCAGUCACCGAUGCAGGCGAGAUUGGUAUCGAAAAGUGGCUGCGCGCUUACCACGGCAAGGAGCCCGGCCUGCUGCCUAUGAGUCUGGAGCUGCCGCCAGCGACAAAAUACAGGGGCAUGGGGCUGUACUUUGAGGGCAAGACAGGCCAGUUGCCGAAUCUCGAUUUCAUCAACAUCCGAUUCCUCCAUGGCCAAAAGACAGUUGAUGACCAGAGCUGCUGCUGCUGGGCCAGAUUUCGGCCCAGGCCAUUCGGGUCUUCGGUCGGCGUACACGCGCCGUUCCUUCGCUACCGCAUCGAUGCGCUGACCUUGUCAGGCAUUGUCGAUGAGCACGAUAAGAUCGACGAAUCAGCUGGAGUCCCGCGCAUGCCGUAUCCAUGGGUGAUGCACAAUCUUGGGCGGACGCUGGAGUCGACGCUGCGUAGCCUCAACAACCUGCUGGAGCAUUUCCACCAGUCGUUCUUUUUCUACAUUCUGCCCGCCAACAGACGCUACAUCUCGAUUGGCGACUAUAUCCCGGCGGUUGGCCUGAUGGUGGCCAGUCUGCUGGUACAGGCUAUGCAUCCUAUGCCCGCGCACACGUAUCCCGCGGAUCAACACAUACUAUGGCUUCCUUGCGCACAUCGCUGGCCUACGAGCAUGGCAACGAUUCUGCGGGUGCAUGCUGUGGGCGCCGUCCUGUUCCUGGUGCCGUUGGUGGUACCUGUGUCGAUGAUCCGACACACGACAUCAACAGCAUACGUGUUUACCAUGGCUCUGGCGUCGUCGUCCAUGGAAAACAACACGCGUGUGGACUGGCGCCAGCUCAAGGCACUUGUCGAGCUGUACGUAGCCGUGGUCGUGGGAAGUCUGUCGGUGAUGAACUUUAGUCUGGCAUUGGUUGUGUUUGUAACCACUGGCCUCCCGCUGCUGCUGACGCGGUCGGUUGGCAGCCAUUCAAAGGCAGUGCGGAUUGCGACAUUGCUGGUCCUGAUGGCUGUAUCACCUGUCAGCGUUUUGACGCUGGCACGCACGCACCUCGGUGCGCACAGCGUGUGGAUGAGCCCGUUCAGAAUAUUCCUCUCGGACUUCCACCACUACUCGAGUCUAGUGUACCCUCUUUUGUGUCUUGUCUACUGGCCUGUCAACCUGCUAUGCAUGGUCGUUAGUAUGUUGCCCUAGAAUCAGUAGUAGUAGUAGGACAAGUUUUUCCUCGGCUAUUCCCACGGCUUGAUUGCAGCUAUUCGGUGUUCUCACGGCGGACAAAUUUUCUAGCUCGUGUAGCCGCAGUCUGCUCCCUAGUUUGUUACGUCAGGCGCUUAUUGGACUACAGUGCCAGUCAGCGCGGACUGGCAAUUUUCUCUUUUAUUCCUAGUAAUUAAAUGGAACCUGCCUGCCGGAAAAGCACCCUCAAGGGUGCGUGCAGGCGCUGACAUCCC